GAUGCUGGAAGCAGAUCUGGUUUCAAAGAUGCUCCGAGCUGUUCUGCAGUCUCAUAAGAAUGGAAUAGCAUUACCCCGGCUCCAAGGAGAGUACAGAUCCUUGACUGGAGACUGGAUCCCCUUCAAACAGCUAGGUUACCCUACACUAGAAGCCUAUCUGAGGAGCGUGCCAGCAGUGGUCAGGAUAGAGACUAGUAGAUCUGGAGAGAUUACCUGCUAUGCCAUGGCCUGCACGGAAACAGCAAGAAUUGCUCAGCUUGUGGCUUGUCAGAGAAGUUCUAAAAGGAAAACUGGGCGGCAGGUUAACUGUCAGAUGAGAGUGAAGAAAACCAUGCCAUUUUUCCUAGAAGGAAAACCAAAAGCAACCCUCAGACAACCAGGAUUUGCUUCAGAUUUUUCUGUCAGCAAAAAAUCGAAUCCAGCACUGUUAAGGAACAAGGGAAACUCUCUUGGAGUUAAGUCCGAUGCUGAAAUGCCGCCGUGUGCAUUACACACAGCUCUGGGAAAUGAAGUGCUCAGAGACGUUCCAGUGCAGAGGCAUGUGACCAUGUCUGCCAGCAGCAGGUUUAGCCCGAAGGCAUCCCUUUCACCACCUUUUCAGAUGCAUAUCUCGAGAACCUGUAUGAAGGAACCGAGUGAUAAUUUAAAUCAGACUGUUGAAAAACAAAAUGUCACGCCUCCUGCCUCUUACACUUAUAAAAUGGAUGAGGUUCAAAACCGCAUAAAGGAAAUACUAAACAAGCAUAACAAUGGCAUUUGGAUAUCUAAGCUUCCACAUUUUUACAAAGAGUUAUAUAAAGAAGACCUUAAUCAAGGAAUUUUACAACAGUUUGAACACUGGCCUCAUAUUUGCACGGUGGAAAAACCUUGCAGUGGUGGUCAGGAUUUGCUUCUUUAUCCAGCUAAGAGACAGCAGCUUUUGAGAAGUGAACUAGACACUGCGAAAGUGCCUGCAUCCCAGCCACCUGCUCCCAGACAAACACCACCAGCGACAGGGUGUCCAAGAGCCAUGCCAGAAGACAUGAAAGAGAAAGUGGCGGAGCUGCUGGCGAAAUACUCAAGUGGCCUCUGGGCCAGUGCACUCCCGAAAGCAUUCGAGGACAUGUACAAAGUAAAGUUCCCCAAGGAUGCCUUAAAAAAUCUUGCCUCGCUUUCUGAUGUAUGCACCAUAGACUACAUUUCCGGAAACCCCCAGAAGGCCAUUCUCUAUGCUAAACUUCCAUUGCCCACUGACAAAACCCUACAGGAUAUAGGGCAAGCUCAUGGAGAUUAUGAUAUCAAGGCUAUGGUUGAACAAGAAUAUUUGCAAAUAGAAGAAAAGAUUGCUGAAAGUGCUGACACCUUUGUGGAGGAUAUAACGGUACCUCCUCUAACCAUUCCGACCGAGGCGUCCCCGUCUGUAUUGGUGGUUGAACUCAGCAACACAAAUGAAGUGGUUAUUAGGUAUGUGGGCAAAGACUAUUCUGCUGCCCAGGAGUUAAUGGAAGAUGAGAUGAAGGAAUAUUACAGUAAGAACCCGAAAGUCACCCCAGUCCAGACGGUGCACGUUGGGCAGUUGCUGGCAGUCAACGCCGAGGAGGAUGCUUGGUUACGGGCACAGAUCAUCUCGAUAGAAGAGAACAAAAUAAAGGUAUGCUAUGUUGACUAUGGUUUUAGUGAAAACAUUGAAAAGAGCAAAGCAUACAAGUUGAACUCGAAGUUCUGUUCCCUCUCAUUCCAAGCUACAAAGUGUAGGCUAGCAGGACUGGAAGUUCUAAGUGACGAUCCUGAUUUAGUGAAGGUGGUUGAGUCCUUAACUUGUGGGAAGAUCUUUGCAGUGGAAAUACUCGCCAAGACUGAUGUCCCGCUUGUUGUUCUGUAUGAUACCUCUGGGGAAGACGACAUCAAUAUCAACGCCACCUGCUUGAAGGCCAUCUGUGACAAGGCGUUGGAGGUUCGCCUGCAGGUUGACGCCAUGUAUACAAAUGUCAAAGUGACUAAUAUUUGCUCUGAUGGAACCCUCUACUGCCAGGUGCCUUGUAAGGGUCUGAGCAAGCUCAACGAUCUCCUACAUAAGAUAGAGGACUACUUCCACUGUAAGCACAUGACCUCCGAGUACUUCGUUUCCCUACCCUUCUGUGGGAAGAUCUGCCUCUUCCAUUGCAAAGGAAAAUGGUUACGCGUCGAGAUCACGAACGUUCACAGCAGCCGGGCUCUUGACGUCCAGUUCCUGGACUCAGGCACCGUGACAUCUGUCAAAGUGGCGGAGCUCAGGGAAAUCCCACCUCGGUUUCUACAAGAAGUGAUUGCAAUCCCUCCUCAGGCUAUCAAGUGCUGUUUAGCAGAUCUUCCACAAUCUAUUGGCAUGUGGACACCAGAUGCCGUGCUUUGGUUGAGAGAUUCUGUUUUGAAUUGCUCAGACUGUAGCAUUAAGGUUACAAAAGUGGAUGAAAGCACAGGGAUCACCCAUGUUUAUUUAUUUACGCCUAAGAACUUCCCGGAUCCUCACCGCAGCAUUAACCGCCAGAUUACGAACGCAGACUUGUGGAAGCAUCAGAAGGAUGUGUUUCUGAGCGCCGUGUCUAGUGGAGCUGGCUCUCCCAACAGCAAAAACGGCAACGUGCUUGUGCCCGGCGGCACUGGAGAGAAUAUUAGGAAGAGCCUUACAGAGGUCAUCAAAAAGCCCAUGGUAGACCGCACCAGCGCUUCCUCCACGGCGGGACUGCCACCUCCUGUCUACCUGUCAAAGCCAGGGGAGCACAUGGAUGUGUACGUGCCUGUGGCCUGUCACCCGGGCUACUUCGUCAUUCAGCCUUGGCAGGAGAUACAUAAGUUGGAAGUUCUGAUGGAGGAGAUGAUUCUAUAUUACAGCGUGUCCGAAGAGCGCCACGUGAUGGUGGAAAAAGACCAGGUGUAUGCUGCCAAAGUGGAAAAUAAGUGGCACAGGGUGCUGUUGAAAGGAAUCCUGACCAACGGGCUGGUGUCCGUGUAUGAGCUGGACUACGGCAAGCACGAACUGGUCAACAUAAGGAAAGUACAGCCCCUUGUGGACAUGUUCCGCAAGCUGCCGUUCCAAGCAGUCACAGCUCAGCUGGCAGGAGUGAAGUGCAACCAGUGGUCUGAGGAGGCUUCGAUGGUGUUUCGGAAUCACGUGGAGAAGAAGCCUCUGGUGGCACUGGUGCACACGGUCAUCGAAAACGCUAACCCUUGGGACCGGAAAGCUGUGGUCUACUUGGUGGACACGUCACUGCCAGACACAGAUAUCUGGAUUCAUGAUUUUAUGUCAGAGUAUCUGGUAGAGCUUUCAAAAAUUAAUUAAUCACUGCUCCUGAGACCUUGACAACUAAUUCAGAUUUUUUAGCAAUAACAAAAUGUAGUAGGCUUUCAAAAAAAAUCUUCUCUCUGCUACAUGGCUCUGACUGCUGUGGGGGAUUGAAAAAAAGUAUGCUAUGUUUGAUGAAAGAUAUUUAACAAGUUAUGUUUUAACAGAGUUGACUUUUCAAAGGAAAUUGCACUUGAAUUAUUACUAUAAUAUUAGAAUAAAAAUGUUUAUCAAUA